CAGCUGCAUGACUCAUAUGUACAGCUGCCUCUCUAGUGCUCCCAGGUCUGAGAGAAUAGGAUAGAGAGAGUCAGAAUCACUGGGGCAUAUUCAGCAAUAACACCUUCUGUGUCUGUAUUACUGUCUGGGACUGGCCACUCCUGACACAUAAUGACAACCUGCCUUUUCCUUUCUCACUGUGAUACACAGUAACUAUAGGCAGCCUUGGAACACUCCUGCACUGCCUGCAUUCUAGGGAGAAAUAGAGAAUUGCUGGACAUCCCCAUGGAGUAUUUUCCUUUUUAAUUUUUUUUUAAUAUAUAUUAUUUUCUAAUGUUAUUUUCUUUCAUAGUUUGAUGGUGUCUGCUGCUUUGUGAUUGCACCUCUUCAUCAUGAUCACGCCUCAUCUGCUGCCUGUCUGUGCCUUGUGUGAUAUCAGCCUAGCCAGAGACUGGCAGUGAGACUGGGAAAGACAAGGGGAGGAGGGGCACAGCUUCAUCAGUCAGUGCUGGCUCCUGCCUGGCCAGAAGACUUCAUUAGUCAGGACAAUAAAGUCAACAGACAAAAGGCUCUAGCAAUCCACGUUUAGGAGAUGGCUUCCUUGAGUCUUGGGCUGAGCUUGUCCAGAAAGAAGAAUAUCUCCAGGAAUGCAGCAGUGGAAAGGAAAAAUCUGAUCACAGUCUGCAGGUUUUCAGUAAAGACGUUGAUUGACCGUUCCUGCUUUGAGACAAUUGAUGACUCUGCGCCAGAAUUUGUAAAUUUUGCCUCCAUUUUGGAACAGAUCUUAAGCCAUCGCUUGAAAGGACAGAUUACAUGGUUUGGAUAUGAAAGUCCUCGAAGCUUUUGGGAUUAUAUUCGAGUUGCCUGCUCCAAAGUGCCCCACAGUUGUAUAUGUAGUAUUGAAAAUAUGGAAAAUGUCAGCUCUUCAAGAGCUAAGGGUAGAGCCUGGAUCAGAGUUGCACUGAUGGAAAAACGUCUGUCUGAAUAUGUAACCGCAGCACUGAGAGACUUUAAAACAACAAGGAGAUUUUACGAUGAUGGAGCUAUUGUUCUUGGCGAGGAAGCGAACAUGCUUGCUGGUAUGCUACUUGGACUCAAUGCCAUAGAUUUCAGUUUCUGCCUUAAGGGAGAAGGAUUAGAUGGAAGCUUUCCAGCGGUUAUAGACUACACACCUUAUCUGAAAUUCACACAGAGUUCCGAUAGUAUCAGCAGUGAUGAAGAAGAACUACGGACUUUGGGUAGCAGUGGCAGUGAAAGCAGUACUCCCGAAAACAUUGGUCCACCAUUUAUCAUGGAUGAGAACAGCUGGUACAACAAGUGCAAAAGGGUGGAGCAGAAGUAUCGCUUGGCUUUGGAGCAAAAGGGUUAUCUUGAGGAGUUGGUCCGCCUGCGAGAAGCUCAGCUUUCAGAUUCGGUGUCCCAAAAUAAGCUGCUUCUGCAACGUAUUGAACGUACGGAGCUUAAUCACAAACUGGAAAAAGAACAAUUGGAAUACAUCAUUGUGGAACUACAGGACCAGCUGACGGUUCUAAAGAAUAAUGACUUAAGAUCAAGACAGGAGUUAACCACUCACCUGACCAAUCAGUGGCCUUCCCCAGGAGCCCUGGAUGUUAAUGCCGUUGCUCUGGAAACAUUGCUCUACCAAAAGCACAAUGAACGGUGGGAUGAGAAGAGUUUUCAUAGUUUGGGUCAGCUCUCUGCAGAUGCCAGCCUUUCUCAGAUUUCAUUUGACCCUGGACAGUCCCAGGAUGGUAACGGGAAGCACGAAGGUUCACAUUUAACUCGAGGAAAAGAAGAUACCCCAUCUUUGCUAGGACUGUGUGGUUCCCUUACAUCUGUUGCCAGUUACAAGUCCCUCACAAGUCUCAAGUCAAGUGAAUACCUUGCAAGCCCAACAACAGAAAUGACCAGUCCCGGGUUGACCCCAUCUUGAACCAAGACACGUCAAACGAAGGACAGGCUUUUUAUGUUGAAUGCAAUCUACAUUCCAUGUUCGAGAGGUUAGAAGGAAGACACAGCAUUGUGUAAUAUGUGACCAUUUUGUUUUACCACCUCAAGUUACUUUGCUCAUUCAGAGAACGGAGAAUUUAUGGAGAUUACUUUUUCAUUAUGUCAUUUUUGGAACAUUUUCCUAGCACAAUUUGCCUGUUGCUAUUCAACAUUAAAAGUGGCCAAACAACGGAACUUUGCUCUCCUUAUGUACAGUAAAUUGCUUUUCUGAUGAUAUUAAACUGAACUUUUUCUUGAAUAUAUCUCGCAUUCAGGCAUCGUGAAGAAAAUUGUAUUGUGAUUAUUCUAAUUUACAUUGACAGAUUGCGUUUUAAGAAAAGAGGACUUUUCAUUACGCUAAGGCAAAUGUGUUCUAUGUACAUCUGAAAAAGUGCCAUUUGAUAAUUGUACUUGAACUGUGGUAUUUUUAUUCUAUUUAAUUUUCUCCGUCAACUGCUUUUCUGUGUAACGGUUUUGUUUUGGUAUAAAAAUCGUUCAGUCCCCACAUUAUAAACCUUAAAAAUAAAGGUGUCAUAAAGGUGUCAGUUAUUUGCUAAAUACAUGUAGAAGUAAGGAUAUCGUUUUAUCAAGGGAUAUAAAGCUAAAUUCUUUGCCUCAAAACUGCAAGAAAGGAUCCCUUUUUUUUGUUUAAAGUUUUAGAAAUUCACUAAAUGUUUCAUUCUGCGAACUACAAAUGCAACCUCUGAAUUGUCUCAAAUUAACAAUGAAAUGGCUCCAACCACAAUGAACCAGCCUCCAUGUGCAGAAAUGCUCUAAAUCUGCCUCCAAAGGGCAAUAUAAUGUCAAUUCUUUGUCUGAAAAAUAUGUAAAAAUUCUAUACUUUUGUAUGGAAUUCUGAAAAUGUUCGUGCUAAUGUAUUAGAAGAUACUAAUUUAUCACAAAAGAAUUUACUCAUUUGGGACUAAACUCUGAAUGUGCCUCCAAAUAACCCUUACCCAAAUCGUAAUUUUGGGUCUACUUUGUAUAUUUUCCCUGGUUUCUAGAAUUCAUUAAUAACCCCAUGCCUUGUAAACAGUUGAUGCAUAGGUUAUUAUUACAAUACAAGCCAAUGCUCCUGUUUAAAUGAUCUAGUACGCGGUAAUAGAUUUAGUUUUAUAUCUAUGUCGUCUCUCUUCAUCUCACCCAAGGUACACAUUAGACUGUCGACUCCUUGGCUCAACCAAAUCUAAAUUAGGGAUCAAUCCAAUACCAAACCUUUUGGAAUUCCAGUUGUUAUGGACUAUAAUUCCCAUAAUGCAUGGGAAAUGUAAUCCACACCAUCCAGAGGGCCAUGGGCUAGUAAUCGCCAGUAUAUUCAGUAUGAUUGUUAGUAUUUGUUCAACUUGAGUGUAUGCAUAUUACCCAGUAUCUAAUUAUUUAAAGGUGGAAAAUUGACUAAAGAAUUUAAAAUUUUCACCCAGAAUCGGUGACAAGCUUGUCUAUUUUGACCUCACCUUUGCUAUGACUUUGUCAAUUUUCCAUAAUACCAGGUAUAGAAAACAAUCAUAUAGUAUCCAGUUUUUAAAAUGUUAAAUUUUUACUUUUAUCAGCACCUUUGCCUUUUUAUGUGUCACCUGCUUGAAUUAAUUUUUUUAAGUUAAAAUGAUUUACUACGUUUCCGAUAGAUUUUUGAAUAUCUUUCAUGUAGUUUAACUGAUAAUUGGCUUAUGUGUUCAUAUUAACUAAACAAUUUAUUCAUGUCACCUUAUUCACAAGUCGUUGUUUUCACAAUGAUAAACACUGUCCAGGCCCGUCGCGACAAGGCAAGCAAUUCAAGCAAUUGCUUGGGGCCCCGAGCUGGCCUAGGGUCCCAAGACAACGACCAGGGAUGAAAUCGCUGCGAGGCAAACAAGGCAUUUGCCUUGGG